CCGCCGCCAGCGAUGAUGGCUUCCGCCCCCGCGCCCAACCCCCGCCUCGGCCGCGAGGCCGUGGUCCGCGCGGUGGGCGCGCUCCUCCGGUGGCUCAAGCACCACCCCUCCCCGGCGCCGGAGCCCAUCUACCUCCUCGUCACCUUGAAGAGCGCCCCCGUCCGCCGGUUCGAGCACCAUCUCCGCCUCCCGCUCUCCCCGUUCCCCUCCAUCUUACUCGUCGCCGACCGCCUCCCGGACGACCUCCCGGACGACAUCGAGACGCUCCCCUCCUCUGCGCUCCGCUCCCUCCCCGCCGUCGCGCGCCGCGGUCUGGUCCUCGUUGACAGCCGGCUCAAGAUCCCGAGCAGCGGCAAGGGCGCCAAGGGCCGCGGGAGGGUCGUCCCCGUCGACCUCGCCGACCCGGCGUGGGCCGAGUUCGCGAGGGAGGCGGCGCGCCGCGUCGAGCUGCGGGUGGAGGCCGGCACGUGCCGCGCCGUGCGGGUGGGGCACGCGGCGAUGGCGCCGGCCGAGGCGGUGAAGAACGUGGUGGCCGCGGUGGAGGCGGCUGCCGCCUGCGUGCCCAGGAAGUGGAGGAACGUGCGGGCUCUGCACCUGAAGGCACCCGAGUCGAUCGCGCUGCCUCUCUACCCGGCGCCAGGCACCGGCGGCAAUGACGAUUCGAAGGAUGCGAAGCUUGAGGGCGCUAUUGCGGUGCAGCAGGGGAGGGUAAAGAGGAGAAGGAAAGAGUAGUGGCGUCCGUUCUGUGUAUUUGCAUCGCAUCACAUCGCAUCGGUGCCCAGUCUGAUCCUUCAGUCCAUCAGUUAUAUGGCACUAGUCGUUCAGUCUGAUCUGUGAUCGGAAAUGAACAAUUUUGAUGAGUGGUAAUAUGCAGUGUGUUUUUAUGUGUCUUUCUCGAUUUCAAUGGGAAUCUGGUGCUGGAUGCAGCUGCCUGGAAUAAAUAGUUUGGGGAUAAAUGUUUUGGAAUUGAUACUGAUGCUUGGCCAGGCAUUCAUUCAUCAGGCAGUAGCCACCAGAGGCUAACAUUGCACUGAUUGGUGUAUUGAGCUACAGUUCGUGUGUGUUUAUGUUUU